UAUAGAUGGAUAACCUUCACAUGAGGAAAUGGUUUAAUAUGAAGAUACUUGAAAAUAUUCAGUUUAAAAAUAGAAAUUGCGUAUCACAUAUUUCCCAUCAAAACAUCUGACGAAACAUAAUUAUGGCCGAUUCUUCUGAACAAAAACACAGAAAGAUAUCUGUAUUAACACCCGAAGAAAUAAACUACCUUCGAAUAGCAAAUUUGAUUCUUAGAGUGGCACCAACUGCUGUAAGAGUUAAGUUUGACAAAGAGCUUAAUCCUACAGUAUUACAGAAAACACUCAAUCAAAGCAGAUGGAAUAAGUUAGACCCACUGAAAAACAAGAGAAUAAUAAAUAAAGCUCAGUGGGAUUUAAUCUUUCCAAAGUCAGGCAAAGCGUGUUCAACAACUUUCGAUUUGACUCUGAUGAUUUGUCUGAUUAGAAACCUAACACCAAUAUCAGUAGGAGAUUUAUUGCCAGUCACUUCAGAUACAAGUGAAGGAGCAGAUUUAUGCAGGCUAAAGCAUUACAGGAACAUGAUAGCUCAUUGGGAUGGUACACUAUCGGACAAAACAUUUGAGGAGUGCUGGACCGAUAUAAGUCAGGCAAUUACAAGAUUAGGUGGUACUAGCUUUGUACAGACUUGCAGUGACUUAAAAGUCAGCUUAUUGAACAAUAGUGAUAAGGAGAUACUGAAAGAAAUAAAAAAUAUAGAGAGAUCUAGUGAUCCAGUUCCAAAAGGUGUACGAAAAAUAAAUGGAGAACUUAUUGACGAAUGGGAAAAGGUCAAAGUAGCAGAAACAAGUGCUAUCAAACGCAUAGCUGAACUCAUUGAAACAGAAAACUUUGUGGUGGCAGUAGGAUCCUCUGGGUGUGGUAAAUCUACUGCAAUCCAUUACGUGGCUCUCCAAUUAUAUCAUCAGCAGAGUUAUGAUAUAAUACCUGUAUAUAGUCCAGAGGAAGUUAGACAAUAUUAUAAUCACGAAUGUAAACAGGUUUAUAUAAUUGAUGAUAUAUGUGGCAAAGCUACCAUUGAUACAAAUAUUAUUAAUAAUUGGUAUAGGCAAUCAAACGAAAUCCAAAAAAUAUUAAUAGAUCAGAAAGUUAAAAUAUUAUCCUCUUGUAGAAUUCAUAUAUUUCAAGAUCGUUUAUUCAAAAAUCUUUCUUCGCUAUCCCCUAAACCAUGUGAUUUGAUAAAAGAUUACAAAUUGACCUGUGAUGAAAGAAAGACUAUAGCUAGUAUUUAUUUAACAAAAGAUGAAAUGAAAAUGAUAGAAAACAUUUUUAGUAUCGAAGUUGGGAAAAAAAACAUCGAAAUCUCAUUUGAACAGUUUGAUUGUUUUCCUCUUCUAUGUAGCAUUUAUUCCACACAAAAAUGUAACAAUAUUUUAGAUUUUUUUAGGAAUCCUGUGCAAGUUGUGAUAAAUGACUUGAAUCUUUUAAUAGAUGCUAAUGAUCAAAAAACAAUUGCUGUACUAAUGCUUUUGAUCGUUUAUAAUAAUACUAUAAACGACAAUUUGUUAUCUCGAACUUCGGGCAUAAAACAGGUUCUUGAAGCUAUUUCUGAUAAUUUCCAUUUGCAACAAUGCUUUUCAAUUCAGUGUGUUAAAUCAGAACUAGAUAAUUUGAACCAGUCUUACGUUAAAAAGAUAGGACACAAUUACACAGUUAAACAUGACAAACUAUAUGAAAUUUUAGUCUUGUUUUUAAGUGAACACAAGUUCGAUGUUUUACUUGAUCUUGCACACACGAAUACAAUACGUGACAUGUUUGUACUGGAGUCAUCAAACGAAGCAGAAAGUGAUAGUGUUGGCCAUGUAAACACUUUUGUUAACGUCUCGAGAGAUAAAGAAGAUAGCUAUUUCGAUCGUCUUAUAAGAGAUAUAAACGAUGGAUUCAUAAAAAAUGUUUUAAAUAAUAAACAAAUGAAAUUUCCUUACUUUCGCAACAUCAUAAUUAAAAGAUUUAAAAGCGAAUCAAAUACAGUAAGCGUAUUAAAUAACCUUCCUAAAUAUGUCUCAUCGUCAUUGUUCAUAGCAAUGGUUCGUCUCGGUUCUUGCGAAAUGGCUGCAAUUUUGAUAGAUCAUGUUGAUUCAGAUAUUGCGUUCAGAGAUGCCUUGCAAACUGCAACAGAUACAGGAUCAACAAAUAUUGUGAAAUUAUUAUUAGAGCAUAAUAUUGAUCCUCAAUGUAUCAAUAUUAUAAACGGAGAACAAAAGGCUCCAUUAUUUGAAGCAUCGAAAAAAGGUUAUAUUGAGAUUGUUGAAUUAUUGCUUAAAUAUGGAGCUGAUCCCGAUAUACGUCUUGAUAGGGAUUUACCAUAUGCAUACAUUCCUGUUAUAAAAGGGAAACCUCUUUCCCAUUCCAAGGAUUACGAAUCGCCUCUUCAUGUCGCUAUUGAAAAUGAACAUUCUGAUAUCGUAAAAGUUUUGCUGCAUCACAAUGCAGACGCGAACAUUGAUGGAUGGGACGGGACUCCUCUGUACCUAGCUGUAAUGAAAAGAAAUACUGAAGUAGUAAAAUCUUUGUUAAUUCACAAAGCGAACCCCAAUCAUACCACAGAUCAUAAUAAACCCGUUUUAUAUAUAUCUGCAGAAAAUGGGGAUUUUGAAAUAGUUAAAUUACUGCUUGAUAACGAAGCUAAUCCUAAUCUUACUUUUCAUGAGAACAAUAAGUCACCUCUUCAUAAUGCUGUAGAAAAAAAUUAUAUUGAAAUUGUUAAAUUACUGUUAUCGCAUAACGCCAAUCCUUAUACUUUGGAUAAACAAAAUAAAUCACCAAUCUUUACUGCUUUGGCCCUCGGAAACAUUGAUGUAUUUCUUUUAAUGACAAAAAUGCUAAACACUGUACCGGUUGAUGCUGAACAUAUCUGGGCAAUUAUUUUGUAUUUUGCUUCAUUUCAUGGAAGAAUAGAUACACUUAUAUCACUUUUGGUGGAGAAAAACAUUGAUGGUAACAAUAAUAAUUAUAGUGAAUACAAACAAACGCCGUUGUACAUUGCCUCGGAGGUCGGAAACUUUCUUGUGGUUUUUAUACUUUUAGAACAUAAGUGUGAUCCUAAUAUUGCUGAUAUGUUUAAUGAAACACCGCUGCUCAUAGCGUCAUACAUGGGUCAUACUGAUAUUGUAAAACUGCUUUUAGACGCAGAGGGUGAUCCCAAUAUCUCCAACAUUUACAAACAAACACCUUUACACAUGGCAUCAAGUUUAGGUCAUACGGAGAUUGUAAAAUUGUUGUUAGAAAACAACAGUUACCCGAAUACUAUUAAUAUGGACGGUGAAACUUCUUUAUUUAUUGCGGCAUCAAAAGGUCAUGCAGAAAUUGUUAACUUUUUAUUAGAAAAUGGUGGUGACCCUUAUAUUAGUAAUAAAUUCAACCAAACACCACUCCAUGAAGCUUCAUAUCAAGGUCAUUCUGAAACUGUAAAAGUAUUGUUAGAACAUAAUGCUGAUCCUGCUAUCAGCGACAAAGAAAAUGAUAGUCCUCUUUAUACAACAUUGUUUGAAGGCCAGAGAAGGGUUAUGGAUGUAUUGUUUAAACACAAUCGGGACUCUAAUAUCCGAGCAUGGUAUCAUAAAACACCUUUAUGUAUAGCUACUUCACUUGGUUAUACAGAGAUUGUUAGACUGUUGUUAAAAUACGAUACCAGCUCUAAAUGCAAAAACAAAAUAUUCUUAGACAACAGUUACCUAUUUGUUUUUGGUCCAUUUAUUCAAACACCACUACUUCACGUCACGUUUAUGGGGUAUACUGAAAUUUUAAAGCUAUAUUUAGAGCAUUCCUGGGAUCCUAAUAUUGCAAACCGCGAUAACCAAACACCACUCUAUAUGGCUGCUUUUAAAAAUAAUGCUGAGGCUGCGAAAAUAUUACUUGAAUUUGGAUGCAACCCCAACAUUUCUUCGAGGUCCAAAAUAACACCGCUUUUCGUAGCUUCUGCCAAUGGUUAUACUGAAAUUGUAAAACUAUUAUUGGAACAUAAUUGUAAUACUAAUAUAGUAGAUGUACAUGGAACAACGUCCAUCUAUAAAGCCUCAGAAAACGGCCAUGUCGAUGCUGUAAAACUCUUGUUAGAAUACAAUAGUGAUCCAAAUAUUUGUAAUAAUUUAAGUGAAACGCCUCUUCAUGUUUCUGCUUUAACUGGUUGUGUUGAAAUUGUGAAAUUGUUAUUAGCCAGCAAGUGCAAUCCGAACAUUUUCAAUUCAAAAAAUGAACAACCUGUAGAUAUUGCUAAAAGAAGAGGGCAUACAGACAUUUUGAAUUUGUUACAAAAUCCGACUACAUAAGUCCAAUGAUUAUCUAUAAGGCAAAAUAUAGUUUAUUAUGUGUAACGUGUAUAGUAUAUUACUACAAAUUAAGCAAUGGUCGUUAUUUUUAUUAAAUUCUUUAACAAGGCAAAGUUUCUGCUGAUCUUAUGGUGUUUUCUUAAUAUUAUUUGACUAAUGGGAUAAAAAAUUGAUGGAUGUGUUAUAUUUAAUACCAUUACCUUCUGUCAUUUUCCUUUGAUAAAUCUAGAAAUUAUUUUUAGAAAUACUAAGUCAGAAAUGAUCCAAGAGGCUUUUUAUCUUAAACAUGUUAAAGUUUAAUUUGUGUCUGCAAAUGUUAUUUGGUGUAAUUUUAGUAUGGUCGUAAUACAGGCUAAAUACAGUUGAUAAUAUGCUGUUAAAUGGCUUGAUGUAGUAUCAGCUUUUAAAUAUUUUAAGAUAAAAAAAAUUGGCAGCUUAUUCUUUAUUGUAUUACUUAUUAUUGUUUCUCGUGUAUCUGCGUUCUUUGAUUAUGAUUGAUCAGUUGUUUCCUUUCAUUCUAAUCAAAUGUUCUAUGUAUCUAUAGUUAUUCCUGUGAAAUUAGAUUGAAAUCAUUAAGUGAUCAUAUAUUUUUUUUAUUUAAAUAUGUGAUUUUGUUGUCAUUCUUUAUCCAAACUGUAAAAUGGUCUGAUGCGUCACAUGUAUACAAUCGUAUAUAUGAUCAAUUUAUUUUUUAUGACAUGUUUCAUUCAUAUGGAUUUUUACGGGUGUCUUUAACAGAAGAAUAGUUUAAAAAAAAAAUUCAAGAAAUUAGACAGAUAUACAUUUUUUCGUUUAUACAUGUUAUAGUUCGAUUAGAAUUCCUUUGACUUUUAAUUCAUCUAAACAAAAUACUGCUUUUUCGACAUAUUUUAUCCCCGAGAUGAGAGGGAUCAAAAUAAGCAAGAUAAAACUUUAAUCUCUGUUUUAAAAAAUUCCAAUUUACUGCAGAUGUCAGCAUCGCUUUACCGUGUAUUCAUCUAUUGAAAUUACAUGUAGUAGAUGUUUCUGAAUAUAACUUUUUCAUGAAAAGAUUGUAUAUGUAUUUUUGUAUAUAUUUGUAUGGUAUUAAUUGUCUUCGCAUGAAUAAAUUAUUUAUUAAAAGUGGAAAAAACUUCA